CAUUAUUACCAUGGCAAUCGUCAUAUUGUCGCUGUAACUCUAACAUUAUUUACUAGGAGUAAAUGUCUGUACGCAACCUUUUGAUUGGUUCGGAUAAAUUAGACUUAAAAGAUAGACAAUGACCGGACAAACGCGUAGCGAGUGAGUGUAAAAGAAGAACAAUGAGCGGCAAUAGCUUUGGAAGAUAAAGACUAUUGCCGCCAAAACCUAGAAAGCAAGAAAAUAUCACAUUGUCUUUCAUAAUUUAACCGCUGUUUCUCAUAUUUUCCUUUCUCUCUGAGGGGCAGAUCAUUCCUAUUUUUAACGAGAAGAAAUCAUUCCGAGAUGAGUCAACCUCCAAAAAAAAGCCGUCAUGAACCCAGUGCAUGAAUGUUUAUUUACAGACAUGUAUUGCCCAUUUUUCUUUUUCCCUUUAUUAUUAUUAUUCCCUCUAAAUGUCAAAUCAAGACAAGAAACAAACACCCAUUUUACACCUGACAGGCGGUGCAUUAUCAGGCAUGACAGCCUGUGUUGCCUUACAACCGCUUGAUUUGAUUAAAACUAGAUUGCAACAACAGCGACAAGAUCACCUGGCCUUUUUAAAAGAAGCAAAAACAAAAGGGUUAAAAGUAGCACCUUAUAAAAGCAAUAUAUAUUCGACUAUCAAAGAUGUCGUACAGCAUAACGGUUAUGGUGGACUAUGGAGAGGAACAGUACCAACUAUUAUGAGAAAUGUACCUGGUUCUGCGCUUUAUUUCUUUGCUCUAUCUGAAAUUCGAGAAAUUGUCUCAAAUACAAGGGCCAUGUGGAAGCCUGCGGUAACGAAUAGUAAAGACACUCAUCGCUGGGAGAAUUUAGUCUCGGGUUCAGUAGCAAGAGGGGCAGUAGGAUAUAUCAUGAUGCCCAUUACUGUAGUCAAAGUGAGAUAUGAGAGCAACUUUUAUAAUUAUACAAGUUUAUCACAAGCUUUUACAUCUAUCAUCAAGAAGGAUGGCGUUAGAGGUUUAUUUGCUGGAUAUGGAGCCACGUUUAUUCGUGACGCACCCUUUGCUGGAAUCUAUUUAUUUUUUUAUGAAGGAUUCAAGUCAUGGGCUAACGAAUAUGCAAGUAUCCAUCAUAAGCCUGUAGCCAACGCACUUAUCAACUUGAGUUCGGGAGUAACUGCAGGCAUAGCUGCUACAUGUAUCACGCAGCCUUUUGAUAUGUUAAAGACUCGUAUGCAAUUAAAACCUACAAUCUAUAAAAACUUGGUGCAGUCAGCAAGAAAAGUGUACAUGGAGGAAGGCAUCAUGGGAUUCUUUGAUGGAAUCAGUGUAAGACUGAUCAGAAAACCUUUGAAUUCAGCUAUUUCUUGGACUAUUUACGAAGAAGUCGUGCGUUGGUAUAAUCGAAAAGACGCGUUGCUAAAAGAGAAACUAUGAACAACAUUACAAUAUUAUUCCCUUGCAUUUAAUAUUUUACUACUAUAAAAUAUAAAAUAGACGUAUGCAGUUAAAGAUGACUAUAUUCAAAUAAACGCGGAGCCUUUCUACAGGAAAAUCCUCCGCAAAUUACCCCA